AUGCCGCCACGUCGAUCGUCAGCGCGACGGAACGCGCCUGACGCAAGGCGGCCGAUCAAGCUGCCUACGCUGGUCAACGCUGACGGCAGCAUCAAUGUCGCUCGAAUGGAAGACGAUGAGGCGAGCAACAGUGGUCUUUUGGACCUUGUGCCGUCGCUUCCCAGCACGCGUAUACCAUCGACGCAAAGCGUACACACACCCGUCCUUGACGACGACGCGGUGCGCAUGCCGCCGCCUUUGCUUGGAAAAGAGCGCGCACGGAAAGUGUCGCGCAGUGACGCGCCAAGGACGGCCUUUUCUACGCAUGCGCCCUUACAUGAUGAGCGCUCCGUCUCAUCAGACGAGUCGAAUGUCAGCGUCGUGGUACACGACCAAGAUCCACCGAAGGCACCCGUAUCUGAUCCAACACCGAACCUCCCAAUGCGCCUGCGACGGUGGAUGCACGAUGCCAUGAAGCAGCACAUGUAUGGGACAGCCAUCUUCUGGGGCCAGCAAGUAGUGGCGUUGGAAACGAGUGAAGCCGCCUACAACGAUGCCUACUGGCUAGCGCAGGCUUACUUUCUUACGCACCAAUAUGAACGCGCCGAACAGCUUCUCACGACGCCGCUCCGAUGCGGUGCUGUACCCCUUCCGUCCGAUUCCCAUGGCGAGACACCUGUAGGUACGCGAGGUGAUGCGCUGCACGCAGCGUUGACCGCUACGCGUGCCUCAAGUGUACUGCCUCCACAGCUACAGGAGCGUCGGGGCCAUGCUGACACAUAUGCUAGUGUUGCACCCAGACAAGAUGCACCGAAAAGCGCCGCUCGCACGCGCGUCACGUCGGCUCGCCGCCGAAAACGAUCGCCGUCUCCCAGUGACCCAUUUCAAGUGUCGCAAGAGGCGCCUAUACCGAUGGACGACGAAUUUUCGCGUCUCGUGGUGCGUGCCGACGCAUCUGAGCGACCAGGACCGUGUCUCGUGAACUGGAGCGCACCCUGUCGUUACCUGGCGGCACAGUGCCAGGUGCGUAUGGGGCAGUUUCAUGAGGCGCUCGCGCUGACGGGGGAAGAUCAUACGCGAUGGACGGGUCACGCCAUGUCAGCCAAGACGCCCGCGCUCGACGGUGGACUCAAGCUGGGCUCGAGUGUAUGCCAUUUGCGCGGUCAGAUCUACUUGCGGCUUGAUGAGCCAGCCAAGGCCAAAGAGGCAUUUAUGUUAGCGCUAGCGCUGGACGUGAAGAACUAUGACAGUUUCGUGGCGCUGGUGCACGGGAGUUUGCUGGGCGAAGAGGAGCAAUGGUCGUUUGUGCAGACGCUCGAGUACGCUGCUCAGGCUGGCGCGGAAGACCAUGCACAGGCAGAUAUGGAGUGGGUUCGGCUCAUGUACACGACGCAGUUGUCGCAGCGCAUGGUACAGCACGCACUGCAUGCUGCACACGCGCGGCAAAGCAUCGUGAAUGCGCACGAGGGCAUGCGCUCACACCCGCCGGUGCUGUACAGCUUUGCCGAGCAGCUGUGGCAGGCGAUGCGGCUUGAAGACGCGUUUACAGUGACGCAGCAUAUUCUGUCGCUCGACGCGGGUUUUUUCCUCGCAUUGCCGAUCCAUCUGGGUUGCAUGUACUAUCUGCCACGACUCCGUCCGUCGUUGUUCCUUCUGGCUCACAAGCUGACCGAGGCACACCCUGAUAGCUGCGAGGCAUGGUACGCUGUCGGUAUAUGGUACGCCGCUGCACAUCGCUGGAGCGACGCGCGCCGCUACUUCAGCAAGGCGUCCUUGCUAGACCCUCGAUUCGUUCCAUCAUGGAUCGCCUUUGGGCACAGUUUCGCCCUCGAAGGCGAGUCAGACCAGGCCAUCACAGCAUACUCCACGGCCGCGCGCAAGUUUCCGCAGGCAGGCCUCCCGCGCCUGUUUAUUGGCAUGGAACAGCUGGUGCAGGGCAAUCGCAGCCUUGCACUGCUCUUUUUAGAAAGCGCUGCCGAGGAACUUGAGAGCGACCCACUAUGCGCCAACGAGCGUGGCGUCGCGCUGUUCCUCAGCGGACAGGUCACGGAGGCCAUGCACCUGUUUCUCCAGGCUAUCCAGACGGCGUCCGAGACACAGCACCCCGCCUCAGCAUGGUCAGCUGUGCACCUGAACCUCGGUAUGGCGUAUCGUCGCCUGCAUCGUGACGACGAUGCACGCGAAUGUUUCCUGCGCGUCAUUGAGCUCGAUGCCGCUUGUGCACCUGCCUAUAUCGCGCUCGGCAUGUGUGCACACCGCCAAGGCGACCUAGCUGGCGCCGUCGGAUGGUACCACGAAGGCCUGGGAAUUGAUCCGCGUGAUCCUGUUGGCACGGAACUGCUGGCCAUAGCUCUGGAUGCACGCGCAGCGCAAGGCCUGCCCGAGGCACUGGCCCUCUCGGUGGACGAAACGAGUGUGUCGAUGGAGGAGUCAUCAGCGGCUUAG